GUUGAGUGUUUGAGCAGCCAGGCGGCCAGUGUGCAUCCCGGGACGCAACAUCAGUGUAGCUGUGGCUAAACUUUCAGCUGAUCAUUUCACUUUGGACACUUUGGGAAACUAACAACAAUGGGCUGCUUUGAGUGCUGCAUCAAAUGUUUAGGCGGGGUGCCGUACGCGUCGCUGGUGGCCACAAUCCUGUGCUUCUCUGGCGUUGCCCUGUUCUGUGGAUGUGGCCAUGUGGCUCUCACUGGCACCGUGACCAUCCUGGAAACCCACUUCUCCAAGGUCACCAGUGAUCAUGCCAUGCUGACUGAUGUAAUACAGCUGAUGCAGUAUGUCAUCUAUGGCAUUGCCUCGUUUUUCUUCCUGUACGGGAUCAUCCUGCUGGCUGAGGGCUUCUACACAACCAGUGCAGUUAAAGAACUGCACAGCGAGUUCAAGACCACCAUCUGUGGACGCUGCAUCAGUGGAAUGUUUGUGUUCCUCACAUACAUUCUUGGUGUGGCCUGGCUCGGUGUGUUCGGCUUCUCCGCCGUGCCAGUCUUCCUCUUCUACAACAUGUGGUCUACCUGUGCCACCAUGAGGUAUCCCAUGGCCAACCUCACCAACAUUGACUCCAUCUGUGUGGAUGUUCGUCAGUACGGAAUUAUCCCAUGGAAUGCCACACCUGGCAAGGCCUGUGGAUCUACGCUGGGUGACAUCUGCAACACCAGUGAGUUCUACCUGUCUUAUCACCUAUACAUCGUAGCGUGCGCCGGGGCAGGAGCCACUGUGAUCGCUCUGAUCCACUUCCUCAUGAUUCUCUCAGCAAACUGGGCCUACCUUAAGGAUGCCAGUCAAAUGCAUGCCUACCAAGACAUCAAAAUGAAGGAAGAGCGGGAGCUGCAGGACAUCACAUCACGCUCAAAGGAAUGCCUCAAUUCCUACACAUAAGGAUACACACUCACAAUACAUACAAACACACACACACACACACACACACACACACACACACACACACACACACACACAUACACAUACACUUAAAGACACAUAGACACUGCGGCCAACCACUGUGGCCCCUUUGGACCAAGACAACGCUAAGCUAAAAUAACCUGCCAACUGCCCUAACACUGUGCAGUACUAACCAGGCUCCUAACAAACUAAUGCAUCAGUGUUGCUUUCUGCACUAACCCAUCAAGAAGCGUUUUCAAACUGCUACUUAAAAUGUAAUUCAUGCUUUUUUUUUCUGAAGGAAAAACAGAAGGUUUUAAUUCAGAUAUUCAUGUAGUGUUCGAUUUUCUCUUGCCCUUUUUUUAAAUCGUCAGUUUUUUUUGCUGGCAAAGCUUGAGACGUUGCACUAUUCUCAUACAACGCAUAACGAUGACAUGUUUGUUUUACCGUCUUGCUCCGUCUUUUAUUUCAAGGGAAUAUAUAACAUUUUACUUGUUUGCUCUUUUUUUCCAAAUCGAAAAUGCAGAUUAAUUAUACACAACAUGAAAGGCCUUAUAUUCAGAGUCAGUGUGUCACGUCUAGAUAGCAUGUCGGAAGAACCAUCAAAUUAUAAUGUACUGACACAAGGCUUUCACUAGACAUUUUGCUUUAACUUCACAGUAAGGACAGUGGACCCAGUUCUGUAGUGAUAAUAUUUGUGUUAAUAAUUGGCUCUAGAUUCUAAAUCCCAUUGUACAGAUAAUUAAGUCACUCAGAACAUUCAUGGCCUCCAUUAACACUACCUCAGGUGUGCACUUGAGCCUAUGGAACAAUUUAACUGGAACAAACAAUUAUUAAACUAUGGUUUAAAAUCCUUUUCAUGAUCACACACACACCGGGAGCUCCUCAACAUCACAGUAUCUUAGAUGUAACCUUUACAGAUAAUGCCAUGCUUGCUAAAUGUGAACUGCAGCCAAAAAUCAGACAAAAGGAUAUUCUAUAUUUAAAACUUGGUCCAUGUAUAUUCAUUAAUACAAAUGAAAACAGAUCAAGGCAGCUUUUUAGCUGAUUAUCUAUUGUAAUAUCUGAUCAUAUAUUGUAAUAUAUGAAACAAAAAUGACUUAAGAAAAAUCUUAUAAAGCAAGUGUAACUAUGUCCCAUGUGCAUUGGUAUUAUUGAAAAACCUACAGAACUUAAAGUGUGAAAAAUGUCAACUUGUUACAAGUCAGGAUUCUCAGUUUUGUCUCAUUUUGAAAGAUUGAAUUACUUAAUUUUUCUUCUUAAUUUUCUAUUAUUGCACCUGUUUUUAUGUGCAAUUGUUAUAAUGCUGACAUAAUUACUCAUGUAAUCUUUUAUUUCUAUUAGUUGAGUUACAGGGAUAAGUUUCUUUGUUGCAUGAAGACAACUGUUUCUGCAGUGACAUGUGAUGUACAGUCAUGUAUACUGACAUCAGUAGUAGGCAGUGUUUGCCUGUUUCCUUUUUAUUCUAAAUGCAUACAAAUUAAUCCAUUUUAUGUAUAAUUAGUUAUAGUUUUUUUUUUCUUCAAGUCAAAAGGUAUAUGAGUCUUAUAUUAAUUUGUUGCCUCAUAGCAUACCUGUAUUUUCUAUGAAUGUCAAGGGCUUCCUCAUGAAUUACUGAUGCUUAACUUUUAAUUCAACUUUCAAACAAUUAGUUGCAACACCAGUCAUUUAUUAAAUUGUACGGCAAUCUAAAUGGUAAAUUUAGCCAAAGUAUGAAUGCCAUUGUGACUCUCUGCCCAGUGUUUUACUCAGUAUCUGGGAGAUGUUGUUGGACAAAACCUGCAUAGUUCUCUGCAGGAUUAAUAGCCACAGGUGCACAAUGGCCAAGGAGAAAGAUGUCAGAUGAACAUGAAGCCAAGUUGCAUCUCAUCUUGUGUUUGUAUGCUGUGUUUCCUGAUGAAUGAACCAAAAACUAAAGAAUAAAAGCUACCUAUCAAUCACCAGGAGGACAACAAUCCAGCAUCCCGUCUGAAAAUCCCAUUAUGACAUUACUCAACU